GCUUUAGAUGUGAGUGGGAAGUGCUGUCAGAAAGACGCCGGGGAUAUCAGCAUUCCUCAGGAGCUUUUACAACCUGCACAUCUGCCCCGUUCUCUCCAAAGAUCCACGUCUGUCUUCUCAAAGGACAUUUUGGGAUAUUUAUCAUUUCUCGUGGAAGCAGCGCUUGAGAAAUAAAGGGAUUUUAUUUUUGAUGAGAAUCCAGACGUUAGCAUGCACUGCUGAUGUGAGCUGAUCUGAGUUCGGCGUCUCUGAUGGAGCUGAAAGUUUGGGUGGACGGGGUUGUCCGAGUGGUUUGCGGCCUGUCAGAGGAGACAUCAUGCCAGGAUGUAGUCAUUGCACUUGCCCAAGCCAUUGGUCAGACGGGUCGCUACAUUCUUAUUCAGAGACUGAGAGACACCGAGCGCCAACUUCUGGCCAAUGAGCGCCCACUGGAGUCCUUGGCCAAACUGGGCCAGCACAGCAGCGAGGUGCAGUUCUUCCUCCGACGGACCGGCCCCAGCAGCAGCGAAGAGCCAAGUCCACACAACCACACGCUUCCUCUCCACAAGCCGUCUACACCAGAAGCCAAACGGGGCUUGCCGAAAAAGUCCUUCACCUUCAACUUAGGCCCUUCCGGCACCUCUCGUACAAAAACGAAGGAUUCGCGGAAAACGCCUUCUCCUGAACAAAGGGCGUCCCCAGUUCCUCAAGCGGCAUACCUGCCCGGACCUUCCAAAGACGAGAUUUUCCGACGUGUACACCAGCAACAGGAGCAGUUACGUAACCUUGAGUCCCAGCUAGUGACUGUAGAGACGGAAUAUGAGUCUUGGGAACGGUCGUCCAGUGAGGAAUCGACCUUGCAGGAGGAGAUAGAUGUGUUGGAAAAGGCACUGUGGAAGAACCAGCAGGAACUGGAGGAGGAUCAGCUCUGGGAGGCGGAGCUUAAGGCAGAAUCCGAGCGGGAGCGGGGGAUGAAGCGGAGGUUGGGAGAGCUGCACGCUAAACUGGACGAUUGUGGGCAAAAGUUGCACGAGUUCAACGCUCGUGCCUCACAGCUCGAGAAGGACAUUCAGAAAGAGAGGCUGGAAGCGGAGACCUUGCCUGGCCGAGAUGACUCGAAAGACUCUACAGAGGAAGUCAAGGAAGAGCUUGAAAGUCGGCAAAAGCAUGGGGAGGAGUUGGAGGCGGAGCUUAUAGAGCUGGAAAAGGCUCUUGGGAGGGCGGAGACCCUGCUGAAGGCUAAGGAGGACGAUGUGGAAGAGUUGAAUAAGGAGCUGAGACAGUGUAAUUUACAGCAGUUUAUCCAGCAGGCUGGAGCCCCUCAAUCCCGCACGCAUCUCGCCGAACAUCUGGAACAACUGGACCUGAUGCAAGAACAGCAGGACAACCACAUCAACAAUGAUUCGCCCCCGCGUCCCACCGCCAAACAGUUUCUGGGUCACCCGCGUAACCUGCAGAACCCCCUGGUGUCCAGUCUGAACCCCGAGGGUGUGUAUGUGUGACAACCUGCUGCUUCUCUGUCUGCUCCGCCCCUCGGCCCCGGCCUGCCACGCCCACUGGUGUCAGCCCUCUCUGGGUGAAGGUGCCUGCAUGGUGGCUCUUCUCUAACCGCCCUCUUUUGAUAAACGUGUGACUGUAGCACUUUAGCUGAAAGGCAUUAUGUAUAAUUUCUAUAAACGCAUUUCAUGACAUCACUGACGACCCAUCAAAACCUGACUGUAUAAUUUCAGCCGUACAUACUGACUGCAGCUUGUGCAACUGUGGUUGCUGCUUAGAUUAUUUGUAAAUAUGUAACUUUCAGAGUUACAAAGCGAGCAUAUAGUGCCUUUCAAAUAGAAGUGUUACCUUGACCUGUGCUUAACACUUUAGUUUUCGGGAUAGUGGGUUUGAUCCAAGUUACAUCUUGAUUUGACUUUGAUUCGUAAACUAAAGUGUUUCUACCCGGGUUCUACACUUUUCUUCUAUCUGCUCUUGUGUCGCAGUAUUGACUUUGUGAGUCUUACAAGCUGUAUGUUGGAUUUCUAGAGAAGCGGUGUGUGUUAUUCGCCAAAAAGUGAUGAUUCUCAUUUGCUCAUUCUCACAUAAAUGCAUUCAAAUGUAUAAAUUACACACAGAACCAAGAACAAUGUUCAGCUUCCUGUGAUGUCCUAUCGGUGAUCCUGUUUAUAUUGCAUGAUGAGGGGCUGUCAAACUCCAAAAAUAUAAAUGCAAUGUUUGUACUUAUGCUCAACUUCCACAAAAGUAAGAAAGUCUUACAGGUUUGUUACAGAAUGAUGGCGGGUAAAUGGUGCCAAAAUUGAGUUUUCCGGCUAACUAUUCCCAAAAGCAUACAGUAUAUCUAAUGGCAGGAUGCUACUCUCAUUUCUGACACAUUAAUUCCACUUCUUAAAUCCAAACGCAGGAGUGAAUCAGUCAUUUUAUUUGUUCUGAAUGUACUAGAAACAUUGUACAUAAUAAACAUACAU